AUGGCUCUCAACAAGAUGGCAGUGGUUUUAGCGGUUUCAUGGCUCAUGGUCAUUGGAAUUUCCACGGCGGGAGCGAGACAACUGCCGUUUCAGCCCGGGUACAACCUCGCUGCACGACUCGAGGUUGGAGAAGGCGGCAUAGUGGAUUGUUUGACUGCACUCCUUGAGCUGCGAUCAUGCAGCAACGAAAUAAUCCUCUUCUUCUUGAACGGUGAAGCUUAUCUCGGCCUUGAUUGCUGUCGAUCCAUCCGCAUCAUCACUCGACAGUGCUGGCCUUCCAUGCUUACUUCACUCGGUUUUACUGCCGAGGAGGGCGACAUACUCCGAGACUACUGCGACGCAAUCGCUCCUCCUCCAACUCCACAAGUGGUGUCGCCGGUGCAGUCUCCAUCUGGCCUGGUUCUGACCGGUGUGGAGGUUAUGGUGUUGGUUUCUGGUUUUGAGUGA